AUGGAGGUAGACGGCAGCGAUGGGGCGCGGCAGUCGUUAAUUGGCCGGCAGGUUUUUUUAUUCCACCCCGUGCGGGCCUGGGAGCAGGCUGUGGUCGAGAGCCUGAACGAGCAGCAGGAAAGAGCAGUGGUGGUUGUCCGUUGCAAAUCAGGCGAGACGUUCAGCCUCCCUGUGGGCGCGGACGCACUUUUUGUCCCCACCGUCCCGGGAGCUUUGGGCGUCCUUCCCGACGAUCUUCUGGAGAUGCCUGAACUGCACGAUGCACUCCUUCUUCAUGUGUUGCGGGGUCGAUAUGUCAAGGAUCUAACGUACAUGCGCAUCGGAGAGAUGGUGCUGUCGGUGAAUCCCCACAAACUCAUUGCGUCUCAAAUGGAUGAGUGCAUGGGGGCCUAUCUUGACCACCUCGACACGGCGCAGCUUCCUGCAGGACUCGCUCCGCAUGUCUGGGGUGUGGCGCAUCGAGCAUAUGUGGAGAUGCGUGUACGGCAGGUGAACCACUCCAUUAUUGCCUCGGGGGAGAGUGGCAGUGGGAAAACGGAGGCGUGCAAGAAAAUGCUGAAAUAUUUGUGUGCGGCGUCUGAGCGGGUGGCGACAGAUGCCGCUGUGAGCCAGCGCAUGCAGCGCAUUAGUGAACGGGUGCAGAUGAGUAGUGUCGUGCUGGAGUCGUUUGGAAAUGCCAAGACGGUAAAGAACGAUAAUAGCUCCCGGUUUGGAAAAUUUAUGGAGGUUCAGUUUGAUGCGAAGGGAGUCAUGGUGGGGUUGCGUGUCACGCCAUUUCUGCUGGAGCGCUCCCGUGUCGUCACGUGUGGGGCAGAAGAGCGUGUGUAUCAUGUCUUUUAUCAGCUGGUCGCCGGAGCCGAAGCAGCCAUGCGGCAGCGCCUUCGACUCGGGGCUGCUCGUGAUUUUGUCCUCCUUGGAAAAGGCAGUUGCCUCUCUUUGAAAAACAGCGGCGUUGAUGACGCCAGGGAUUUUCAGGUUUUACAGGCGGCUCUCACGAGUGUCGGGUUUUCCGCGGAGGAGCAGCACACGCUGUGGAGUGCUGUCGGUGCCAUCCUGCACCUGCAGAACAUCGUGUUUGGUAUGCGGCGGGUCGACGACUCUGCCGUACUGAGUGGCGGAGACGCGCAGACGGCGGCGUUUGUCGCAUCGGAGCUUCUGCUUCUCCCUGACCCGGCGGUGUUCGUGGCGUGCCUCACCACAAGUACAGUUGUCGUCGGCGGCGAUUGCGUGACAAAAAACCUUUCGGUGCAAAAGGCCGGAGACCAGCGCGACAGCAUCUGCAAGUUUAUCUACUCGAAGCUCUUCCUGUUUGUCGUCCAGAAGAUCAACGCGGCCACUGCAAGCGGGGCGGAUUUUGACUGCCCGGAGGUUUCUCUCUUGCCCGUGGACCAUCCAGUGCCCUCCAGCCUGCGCCCGCCGCCCACGUGGAUUGCACUGCUUGACAUCUUUGGCUUUGAGGACUUUCAGGUGAACUCGCUGGAGCAGUUUUGCAUUAACCUCGCCAACGAGUCCCUGCAGAGGCUGUACACGGAGAAGAUGUUUCUUGCUGACAUGGAGGAAAUGCGCAUGGAAGGUGUGGAACCAAACAUCACGGAAUUUGUAGAUAAUCAGCUUUGCCUGGUGCUCCUGCAGGGCUCGAAGAACUCCGUCAUCUCCCACCUGGAUGACGCCUCGUUGCUGGACGUACGGCGCUCGCACACAAAUCCGGACUUUGUGUUCCUUAACUCCAUCACGUUGACGUUUUGUCCCGACUACCAGUCCGCGCCUGGAAAGACGGUGCAGAGUGUGCUGGACCGGAACGAGGCUAUUGACAACCCCGCCGCCUACUUCUACAGGGGACGCCUGGACGACGACAGUUUCACGAUCCGGCACUAUGCAGGGGACGUCAAGUACUGCGUCCACGGGUUUGUGGAGAAAAACAACGACUACAUGAAGGACACCUGCGCACAGACGCUGCACAACACCACCUCAUGGGUACUUCGUGACAUGAUGAAGAUAACCGAUGCAAUGGUGGGUUUGCUGGGCGAUGCAAAUGCGCCUGGGUUCCCCAUGCCAAUAUUGCGUGCAUCACGCCGCACCGUCGCCUCGACCUUUCGUAACUCACUGCGUCUCUUGAUGGAAAUGCUGAACAACAGUGAGUGUGACUGGGUACGCUGCAUCCGUCCCCAUUCAAGGCGGCAGGCAGGCCUUUUUGACGGGAAGCUGGUUCUGGAGCAACUUGUGGCUACUGGAGUGCUUAGCACCGUUAAGCAGCGUCAGCGCAACUAUCCGUUUCGUCUCAGCUGCGCCGAAUUUGCCCGACGGUACCAUCUCUUCUCUCUGUCUAACCGUCCACGGCAGGCAAGCCCAGCGCUUAGAGAUAAAUGCUUAGCGUUACUGCAGACCACCGGUAUCAACGAAAAUCUAGCGCAAGUGGGAAGCUCUCGUGUAUUUCUCACGGCAUACGCACACAGAAUGUUGGAGACCCGGCGGGCGCAACGCGCAAAGGCCAUGGUGACGGUUGUGGAACAAUACCUGACCAGCUUCGCCGCCCGCGCGUAUGUACGUCUGGUACGUAUAACUCGGCACGCCGUCAAACUGCAACGCAUCUUUCGGGGCAACAUGCGCAUACGACGAUGUGUGCGUCAGUACUACGCAGAACUGCGUCGCAAACGCCACCAACUUUUUUUGGAGUUAACUAAAACCGUCCUGCGUGCUGAGGCAAACGCCCGUGCGGAGUUGCUCAACGAAGGCGAGUCCGAUGUGCAGGAGGUGUGGAGGGAGUUUCGUGCCCGUCUUGUUCCUCUCGUGGCGGCUGUGCUACGAAACGUGCAGUUGGUAGAGGCAGGGCAGCGGGAGUGUAUUUGCUCCCAGGCUUUUUCAUGCUACAACCUGCUGCGAGACGCGUUUCAGCGGGAGGCCACCACGGCGUUGGAGCGGGAACGACGUCGCAUAGCCAUGAAGCUGGAGAUGGACGCCAGAGCGCGUUCAAGCCUGUUGGGCAAGGCUCUGGAAGCGUUGCAGAUGGUGGCUGCAGAAGAAGAAGAUGCCUUUCAGGGGUUGCACGACAACGUCAUUGCUCCGAUGGUGCAGAGGCUAAAGGCACAGGCCCGUUUCAUCCGAAGACUGCAACGCUGGAGGGAUAGACGUUUGCAGGAGCUGUUUGACGCGCUGGCGUCUGAGGAGCGGCGUUGGGCUGUGGUGCAGGCAGAAGAGCUGGACCAGGAGGCGGCACGGUGGCGACGCCUUGUGGGGGAGAACGAGUACUUGAGGGAGAUGCGGUACUUUGGCUCCCUCUCGGAUGAAAUGUGUGGUGUGUCUCCCAUCUUCCGUGCCUUCCUCAGGGAUCGUGUCCCCUCAGCGGUGCUCCACACGCCCAUCCACGCCAGCCCCCGGGCGGUAGCAUCCAUCGGAGAUGUCACCUCCUUUCGGGACUACAGAGACUACAUGCGAGGUGAGUUUCAUCGCGCUCGCGCCAACGGGACGGCGCCCGACUAUCGGCAACACACGCACCGCGCCGACGAGCCCUGUAAAGUCUGUAACCUUUCGUUUUGCCCACCGCGGCGGGCGGCUGCCACGAAGACCUCUGCUCUCUCUCCCACGAGGCGUCCAACUCGCCGUCGACUAGAGGAUGAGUACGGCGACAGCGACGACAGCUUUGACGAACUCCGGUACGAAGUGGGGGGCCGGCAAGAGUUGAAAAAGCGUCUUUUGUGA